CCCGCUCGCCCUGAGUUUUCUCCAUCUCUCCUCGCUCCUGUCCCCUGCCUGAGGCCUGUCUCUGCCUCCAGCCCCCCCACCCCCCUGCGUUCAUCAUCCCCCAGCCUGCACGAUGCUGCCGGCGAGCCUGACCUGGCUGGGCCCGGCCCUGUGGCCGCUGCUGCUGCUGACCGGGGCUGCCUGGCUGCUGGCCCAUGUCCUGGCCUGGGCCUGGGCCUUCUGGGACCUGUGCUGGCGUCUGCGCUGCUUCCCGCAGCCCCCCAGGCGGAGCUGGUUCUGGGGGCACCUGGGCCUGAUUCAGAGCUCGGAGAAGGGCCUUCAGUACACACAGGGGCUGGCCAGCACCUAUGGGGACGUCUGCUGCUGGUGGGUGGGGCCCUGCCACGCUGUCAUCCGAAUCUUCUGCCCCACCUGCAUCAAGCCUGUACUCUUUGCCCCAGCUGAGGUCGCCCCCAAGGACAUGCUCUUCUACAGCUUCCUGAAGCCCUGGCUGGGGGACGGGCUGCUGCUGAGUGCAGGGGACAAGUGGGGCCGGCACCGCCGCCUGCUAACGCCCGCCUUCCACUUCAACAUCCUGAAGCCCUACGUGAAGAUCUUCAGCCAGAGCACGGACACCAUGCAUGCCAAGUGGGCACGCCUGCUGUCAGGGGGCAGCUCCCGCCUGGACAUGUUCGAGCACGUGAGCCUCAUGACGCUGGACAGCCUGCAGAAGUGCGUCUUCAGUUUCGACAGCAACUGUCAGGAGAAGCCCAGCGAGUACAUCGCCGCCAUCCUGGAACUCAGCGCGCUGGUGGCCAAGCGGCACCAGCAGCUCCACCUGCACUGGGACCUGCUGUACCACCUCACGGCCGACGGGCGGCGCUUCCGCCGAGCCUGCCGCCUGGUGCACGCUUUCACAGACGCCGUCAUCCAUGAGCGGCGCCAGGCCCUCCUCGCCCAGGGCUCCCGCGACUUCCUCAGGGUCAAGGCCAAGGCCAAGACGCUGGACUUCAUCGAUGUGCUUCUGCUGGCCCAGGAUGAGGACGGGAAGCAGCUGUCAGACGAAGACAUCCGGGCCGAAGCUGACACCUUCAUGUUCGAGGGCCAUGACACCACGGCCAGCGGCCUGUCCUGGGUCCUGUUCAACCUGGCGAAGCACCCGGAGCACCAGGAGCGCUGCCGGCAGGAAGUGGGAGCGCUGCUUCGGGGCCGGGUGCCCCAGGAGCUGGAGUGGGACGACCUGGCCUCGCUGCCCUUCCUGACCAUGUGCAUCAAGGAAAGUCUCCGCCUGCACCCGCCUGUCACUGUUGUCUCUCGCUGUUGCUCUCAAGACGUGCCUCUUCCGGAUGGCCGGGUCAUCCCCAAAGGUGUCAUCUGUCUCAUCAGUAUUUUCGGGACCCACCACAACCCUUCUGUGUGGCCAGACCCUGAGGUGUACGACCCCUUCCGCUUCCAGCCAGAGAACAUGGAGGACAGGUCACCGCUGGCCUUCAUCCCCUUCUCUGCGGGGCCCAGGAACUGCAUCGGGCAGACGUUCGCCAUGGCCGAGAUGAAGGUAGUGCUGGCGCUGACGCUGCUGCGGUUCCGCGUGCUGCCCGACGAGCAGGAGCCGCGCCGGAAGCCGGAGCUCAUCCUGCGGGCCGAGGGUGGGCUGUGGCUGCGACUGGAGCCACUGGACCAGGCCUGCUGACCGUGCUGACCCUGUGUGGACGCCUGAGAGAGAAUAAA